UAAAGCCGCCAGUGCUAUUCGUCGCCGCAGUGCGAUACGGUCGAUAGAAGAAAACGUGGGCGACAGUCUCCGGUGGUUGCAGCUGCUAUACAAAACUGCCGCGACGCUCAUUCCCACAACGACGUCAUUAUUCUACCCUAUUCGAACAUUUCCCGGAAUCGACGCGCCUUCUUUUCUCUUUUCGAGGACGUGCCAACAUAGGGUGGCCGAUCGAUCACGAUUUAUUCCGCUCGAGGAUGUUGCGCGGGCGGCAUCGUGCCGCAAAAACUGUCAGAUAGAAUUCCUGUGAACGUGAUCGGUGUUCCAAGGGGUUGUUUUAUAUCAUAUAAAGGGGUUGUUUUCGUCGUGGAAUGAUCAGUGUUUUGGUUCGUUGUGGUUUCGAGGAUUUAUUUCAGAGACACCAGCUGUUUCUGUUAACUGUUUACUUGGAUAUUGUAAUAUAAAAUUGAAGAAAUUAAAAAUUCUUAAAUUAUCAUAUAAAUCAAAAGUAUUUGAUUAAAACAAUUUGCGACAAAUGAUAAAGGGUUCAUCAUCCCUUAGCGAAUGUUCAAGGACAAGACCAUAAAAAAAUGUGCUUUUAAAUGCGAACCAAUGACGAUCGCGAUCUGCGAAUCGGAAGAACGAUCACGAUGCUCGAUCGUUCCAGAAGCAGUUUACGGCCACGUCGCGAUCACGAGGAUACCGGAAGGAGAGGGAAGUGAGAAAUACCGGCGUGGAAGUGCAACGAUUCCGUGCGGCGUACUCCGAAACAUGUUGGCCCUGGCACGGCCAAACUCUAACUGAUCGUGCAAAGAGAAACGAUCGAGGCACGGCCGCGUGGCGAGCCGUGACAUUGGACUACGUGGAAUCUGUUUACUCGUGAACGCGGUUCGACAAGCCGAUUCGUGCCACCAGGGAUCCCCGUCCUUGACGUAACAUCGACCUAUCGAUCACUAUCGACAUCUGGAUUAAGCAACCGACCAGCGAGCUCGUAAUUAAUCGCUUUCUGCGACGUUAGAUUAACGCUACAUCGUUAGUGUAACGCUUCUCCAUCGCGAAUCUUUGAUCUUGAUAAAUAAUUACAAACCGGAGAAUAAUCGUGUCUCGAUCGUGACGGUGGUUGGUGAAUAGUUUGACUCGUUUUAUAUGGUGAUAUUCUUCUUGGGAAUAUUUUAUCCUAGUUAUGGAAUAAUCGUAGCGGUCUCGAGUCUCGAAGGAUCGACGGCGACAGGAGGUGGGCGGACUGGCGCCAGAGAAGAGGAGGGUUGCCGAUCGAUUUCAGCUUCGAAAGAGGAUGCUCCGUUUCGCGACGUAGCAAUACGUGUUUUUACAUCGUAGUCACGUGCCAAGAAGCGUAGUUGUGCCGUGGUUGGAGAUCGGUGGGGCAGAGUAACGACGAGGGGAUUUUUCCCGGCGCGGCGACCGAACGUCGUUGUGGAAAAUCGAUCCGCCACCCUGGUUGGCCACCCCGUUGCAACCACCCAGCAGCGCGGUGCAAUGACCUCGAAACCGGGAAGGUCCUACAGCGUGAGGUCUCCGCGAGUCGGAGGGCCUCUCUCGCAAUCGUUAGCAAUGAUUCCGCCAACGAUGCACGGCCAUGAAUUUAAUCAACCCCUGUCGAGGGUGGUUAUGGUCCGUAAAACGGAUCAAAGGACAUUCAGUAAGGGUAGAAGGGGAGGAGAGCCUCUCCUGGAAACGGUUACCAGGGAAACAGUCGAGCUUUUCAACGGCGGCCGAGCCGAGAGGAAAUAUACGUCUGAAACCAGAGACAUCGUUACGCCAAAAUCAAACAGUAUGCCCUCGCUCAGCGUUAAUGGAACGAAAAAGAAGGUGGUCGGCUUUGUCGACCAACUGUCGCCUGAAAGGUCGAGGACGGAUUCGGUGAGAUCGAAGUCCCCUUUGACGGCGUCUCCAGCCUCUCCAGGGCCAUUGUCGAAUUCCUUGCACGGCAGUUUUCAUGGUAGCUUAGGAAGCGAUGGCAUGUCUUGCAGUAGUGCCAGGUCCUCAUCAGCGUCUCCGGAUUCUGCAAGAUACUCGUCGACACCGAUCACAAAGACUGACACACGUAAAUCGUCUGUGCGCAGAUUGGGACCUCCUAGAGAAUUUAUCAGCGUUUGCCUCGAAACGCACAACUGCUACCGCGCGAGGCAUGGAGUGCCACCUCUUCGUCUCAGUAAACAGUUAUGUAAAACGAGUCAAGAUUGGGCGAAUAUAUUGGCUGCUAGAGGAAGGUUAGAGCACAGAGCGAAUAGUGACUAUGGUGAAAACCUUUACUGUAUGUGGAGCUCUAAUCCGAAGACUGUUGUGAGUGGCGACGAGCCGGUAAAUGAAUGGUAUGCCGAAGAAGCCCAGCAUCAAUACGGCAAGGAGCCGACUACUCUAAAAACCGGCCAUUUCACCCAGGUGGUGUGGAGAGACAGUACAGAGUUGGGUGUCGGAAUGGCGAGGAAUCGAAACGGCGAAGUUUACGUAGUUUGUAAUUAUAAUCCAGCUGGAAACUUCCUGGGGAGUUUCACGGAAAACGUGCUUCCGCCUGGAUGUUCGAGUCCUACUAAAAAGAUCACCUUUUUGGAUCCUAAACAACAGUACCCAUUGGAUGAACAAGCGUGGCAACAGGAAGCUUUGUUGGUUCAUAAUGAGUACAGAAGGAGACAUCGUGUUCCUGAUCUAACGUUGAGUGCCGAUUUAACGGCUGCUGCUAAGGCGUGGGCGAACACGUUGCUGAAUACGAACAAGCUGAUCCCGCAGUCAUCGUCUCCGUACGGGGAGAACAUCUACUCGAUGCAGUGUUCCGAUCCGAAACUGAUUGUACCACCGCGAGAGGUUGUCUCAAAGUGGUAUUCCGAAAAGAAGGAUCACAAGUUUGGAACGGAGCCAAAGGUCUUGAACACGUGUCAUUUCACCCAAAUCGUUUGGAAAAAUACUACCGAGAUGGGUAUAGCGAUGGCUAAAAAGGAUGGAACCUGUGUGAUAGUCGCGUGUUAUCACCCAAGGGGUAACAUCGUCGGUCAGUUCACGGAGAACGUGUUAAAACCGGUGAAAACAGCCUGUUAGUUUACUAACAUCUACCCACACCUGUCGAUAAUGUAUUUAAACGCUGUAUUUAUAUAUCGUGCAUAGACGACGAUACGCAUAAUAUAUAUGUAUAUAACACAA